UACUUUCAAAGCUGUCCUCUGUUUCCCCCCCAAACCGGAAGUCGCCCCCUCCGCCACCGGAAGAGGCGGGAUCUGCGGCUCGCUAUGUCCACCAACAGUAUGUCUGACCCACGGAGGCCGAACAAAGUGCUGAGGUACAAGCCUCCGCCGAGCGAGUCCAACCCGGCUCUGGACGACCCGACGCCGGACUACAUGAACCUGCUGGGCAUGAUCUUCAGCAUGUGCGGGCUCAUGCUCAAGCUCAAGUGGUGUGCCUGGGUGGCCGUCUACUGCUCUUUCAUCAGCUUUGCCAACUCCCGGAGCUCCGAGGACACCAAACAGAUGAUGAGCAGCUUUAUGCUAUCCAUCUCGGCCGUGGUGAUGUCUUACCUGCAGAACCCACAACCCAUGACGCCUCCCUGGUGAGGCCGGAACCCCCCGUCUGGAGCCUAGAACUGUGUUGUCCACCUUUCAGGGCUGCUCCGGGGGCUAGGUCUGCAGGGCUCCUAGGAGAGCCGCUCUGGGAGCCUGGUCGCUUCCUGCUGAGGCUUGGGAACCCCUGGAGUCUGCCUACGUGCCCCCUGCAGCCUUGCCCAGUGGCGGGAGAUGCCCCCAGGGCCUUGCUGUCGGGCCCUCCUUCCCCUGCAAGGGACCUGGUUCAUAAUAAACAUUUUGCAACCCA